AUGAGAGACUUGGAAUUUGAAACUGGGGAUCAUGUUUUUGUCAAAGUCACCCCAAUGAAAGGGCACACAAGAUUUGGGAAGAAAAAGAAGUUAUCAACCUGGUACAUAGGGUCAUUUCAGAUUUUAGAAAGAUUGGGUCCGGUGGCUUAUCAGAUUUCUUUACCACCAGGCAUGGAACAAGUGCACAAUGUGUUCCACGUGUCAAUGUUACGAGGCUACCUUCAGGACCCUUCUCACGUUAUUGACUAUCAUCAGAUUAUACUAGAUGAUGAUAUGGUUUAUGAGGAGAAACCUAUCCAAAUCCUUGAUUGGCAAGUCAAGCAACUAAGGAACAAGACUAUCCUAAUGGUAAAAGUCGAAUGGAGGGAACAUCAUAGAAAUGAAGCCAUUUGGGAACGGGAAGAAGAAAUGAGGCAACAAUAUCUAGAAUUGUUCUCGACUUGA